AUGUCUCAACUCAAGUACUUCAUCUAUCCAAAUAAUGGGGAGUGGGCUCGAGAUACUUUCAGUUAUUCUCAAGCAGUCCGCGUCGGUGAUAGAAUCGAAUGUUCCGGCCAAGGUGGAUGGGAUCCAAAAUUGCGUGGUGUAGCUAUACCAGAUGAUAUAGACGACGAAAUAUCCCAAGCAUUUGAGAACGUUGAUCUCGCACUUCGCAGUGCUGGGGGUACAGGAUGGUCUCAAGUAUUCCGCGUGAAUUCAUACCACGCCAGCUUCACACCCGAAACUUUGAAUAAAAUGGGGCAAGAGUUUCGCAAAUGGAUGCCAGAACAUAAACCCAUCUGGGUGGCAUUGCCAGUUGAGCGAUUAGGUGUGCCGGAAAUGAGGAUUGAGAUUCAAGUUGUGGCCUAUAGCCCUUGA